GUCUGCAGUAGAACACACGGUAAACUUUUGACGUCGUACAUAAAAAUAACUUAAACAACAACGUGUUAAUAUAUUCAGACAUGCAGUGAAUUAAGCACCUAGUUUUUCCUUUGUCGUUUUUCUGGAUAUCUUCUCGGCGACUUAAUUUGCUCAAGCCUCAGCAGUAAAUUGAGAAGUUGCACAGUGGCUCCCACCACAGGCCUCUGGGAUACUGCAGAACGUGGCCCUUGACGCUGGAUGACAUGUCUCACGGGACUCAAACUACAAGGAGCUGAGGAUUGAUCGAAAGCUCAGUUCAGAAGACUUCCCAUUUUGUUCUAUGGAGGUCAAAGGUCGCGUGAUCACUGCCAUGGGCUUAGGAUCACCUGAUGUCCAAGGCUGCCAGGACAGCAAACUACAAGCAGAGCGAGUCUCAGAGCUGCAGGAGCGAAAACAGAGUCUGCAGAGUCUUCUGAACAGUCGACUUGGAGAACUGCGACAAGUCUGUCUCCUGGAGGCGGAGCUCACAGGAAAACUUCCACGGGAUUUUCCUUUAGAAGAAGGAGAACGACCUCCAUUUGUUCAACGCCGAUCUGGAUUGCCUCCUUAUGUCACCUCAAAAGGAGACGAUGACGCAGGUCAGCGGCGGCAGAUGAAGGCUCUCUUUAGUGGUGCCCUUCGCCGGAGCAUUGAUUCUGAUAAAAAUGCACUGCACAGUAAGAGGACUGUUCAUCGGGGAUGCCAUACAGAGGAAACUGUGAAGUCAGAGAGCAGUUCGAUGUCAGACUCCACAUCACAUGACAACGAGGACUCAUCUCCCAGUGUGGCACCUGAGCAUCGCUCCCUGUCUCACCCUCGUCUGGCCCCGAGCAGUCCUGACAGUCGGCUCUGCAGAAAACUAUCGCCUGUGGAGAUUUACUAUGAGAUGAGGACUCGGCGCAACUCUGCCUCAAGCUCUGUGAGCCCAAGCCACUCACUCCCGAGAAGUGCAUCUAAUGUGGAGGGCAGAAGUGUUCCAGCCACACCACUGUUGUCCCGCACCGCACCUAUCAGCGUCCAUGUGAGGCCGGAGGUGUCUGGUGGCAUUGCACUAAAGCAGUGGUGCGGAAGUCCGGAUGUUCCUCAGUUUGUCCCAUUGGCAUCUCUGGAGGGUUCUUCGUCAGAGCGUCGCAGCUGCCCGUACAGCUCUCGAGCCCGUCGUAGCAACAGUUCAGAGGCGCUACUUGACCGCUCAAGCCUUCCUGAACCCGCACCUCCCCGAAAUGGCAUGCCAAACCGAGCUGGACCAUACAAGAGCUCCGAGUCCCUCACUGAUGGCAAGCUCCGUCAGAUAUACCAAGGCAGCCCAGAGAGGCAGUUGAUGGGAUUUAAAGACCAGGGUCGCAUGCGCUCCUCUCUUGGAGGACAAAGCAGUGGCACUGGUUACAACGAGAUUUUAAUGGACUACAUUUGGGGUAAACAGCAAAAGAGGCCUGUCCAGAUUCCGCAAAGCCAGUCAGCAGGACGAAUCUGGCCGGACUUCUCCACUCCUCCUUCGGGUACUCCUCCACAUUAUAAUGGUUUCUCUCAUUCGCAGUUACAUCUGGCCACCGCUCCCUCUUCCUAUAGCCCAAUGCUGUUGCGGGGCCAAGAAGCCGAGCCCCGUCGGGUCAAAGUGACGAGAACAAAAUCCUGCGGACCCUUCAUCCCUUUACAGCAGCACCCACAGGAUGCGGUGCUGUUCUCUGCGUAUGAUCCUUCAUCAGCGUCCACCACCUCGUCUAUUCCCAAUCUGCUCCCUCACCACACUGAGCUGUCCACCGCUGCAUCGUUCAGCCGCAGACCAGCUCAGUUCUCUCUGCCUACUCCCGAGGACUCGACCCGCAGUCUACACAAGGCACUGGCUCUGGAGGGCCUGCGGGACUGGUAUCUGAGGAACGCCUUGGGCUACUCCACUACAGCCAAAGGCCAUGAUGGACUGUCCAUGCGCCACUCACACACUCACCACCUGGUGCACCAGCCUCAGUCCAUUGCAGCCGACCCACUGUACUCCGUACACCGUCAAAUACCUCAGUCAGCUUCAUUUCACGGCCAUCCUUUGCAUGCCAGGUCUGUGGAGCUCUCUCUGUACCCAGAGCCCUUUCCUUCAGAAGGGACCACUCAGAAAGAGUCCGGCUCUGAGCCUCCUUCACCUGGAACACUGGUCUGACCAGCAGCCAAACACACACCGGAUUUGAAAUGCAACAUAUAUAUAAUAAUAUUUGAUGCAAAAUUACAUCUAUAGGUAUGCAACAGUCCGAAACUGUGCUCAAAUACUAGAACAAAAAUAUAUAAUGCAUUCUUUGUAGCAUAAAUGCUGCCUCACAAUAAAAAAGAAAGCAAAACAAAACAGCAUUUAAUUUAAACAUUAAAAUAUACCAAGUGGUGCUCACUGCAGAGCUAUUUGGGCAGAGCUGAGCUCCAGUGAGCUUGAGCUCUCGCUCCUCCUUUCUUUCACUUCUUCUACGAGUGAUGUCACUGGGGGUAGGGUUAGGGGUGGGGUUGGUGCACGCAUUAAAACAGCUUAUAGCAGGAGGAGCGAGAGCUCAUGCUCCCCCUCGCUGGAGCUCAGCUCUGCACAAAUGGCUCUGCAGCGAGCAGUGUUUCAAAUAUACAGCUUUGAAAAAAUAAGGCCUUUGAAAAUUCACAAUUGAAUUAACAAUUGACAGUUAUGUUUUUGAAUAAAUGCUUUUGGUUUUAUUCUGUGAACUUCAAGUUUGAAAUAAAAAUAUUGUCGUUUAGAGCAUAUUUUUGCAAAAUAUGGCAUGUUCGUUCAUUCAUUCAUUAGUUGAUUUUCUUUUCGGCUUAGUCCCUUUAUUAUUCCACCACAGCAGAAUGAACCACCAACUUAUCCAGCAUAUGUUUUACGCAGUAGAUGCCCUUCUAGUUGCAACCCAUCACGGGGAAACAUGGCAUUUUAAGACAUUUUAAUAUACAUUUUUUACAUAACAAAAUUCUAAUGGUUUAGCUUCAAAAGAGCUAAUAAAUUAAUAUUUGUAAACAACCAGGAUUGUCAAUCCAACGACUGAAAGCAUUUUUAUUCUGACCAAUCGUCAUUUGAACUUGUUCUGAAAAAAAUGUAUUUCAAAUGUUAUCAGACCUUAACAGAAUAAAACAAAUUUACAAUUGACUAAACUCAUACCAAAUGAGUCCAGAGAAACUGAAAAGUGGAGUCUUUAUUUUUUCCCCAAAGCUUUAUACAAUUGUAUAAAUUGUCAUUAUUUAAAAGUUAAUGUAUUGUACUACACAUAACUCUGAAGUUGGUGCAUCCCUACAUUGAUCAUUAAACAACAGAAAUAAUAAGCAGUGUGUUGGCUGUCAGAUUUAGCGCUGCGUUUGAUUGUAAACUGGUGUUUACAAAGAGAUUUUUAUUUCCCUCAUACUCUGUGUGUAUUAAUGGGAUGUUAUUGUAAUGUAUCUUCAUUUUCAAAACAGAAUAUAAACUGAAUCAUCUCCUCUUCAUCCUGAGAUAUACAUAUAAAUAUAUUUUCAGAGAAAAAAUCUAGAUUAUAAGAUGUAUGUAUUCUGAAUUACUAUUUUGUAACUAAUGUUUCAGGUUAAUCCUCAUUUAAUUAUAUACAAGUCUACUCAGAGUUUAAUGAACUCAUGCAUUUUAAUGUACUAUAACAGCAGUGAAUGUGUUGCAUACCUGUUUGUUUAAAUCUAUAUAUCUAAAUAUCUAUAUGUAGCUAUGAAGAGUAUGAUAAAAGCAUUUCCAUAUAGAGGGACCCUGAGGUGAGGAAGGAGGGCUUUUGUCUGAUUUCUGAAACUAAUUUUAAAACUUUAAUGCAGUGAUUUAGCCCUCAGUCAAUGAAUUUACAAAAUCAAAAGGACUGAUGAUGUAAAAUUAAUGUGACUGUGAACUGAGAAUGCAAACGAAAUCAUUAAACAACGUAAACAUGCAUGAGGUUUUAAAAUAAAUCAAUCCAUCUCUAUUAAAGCCUUAAUACAGAGUCAAAAAUAUAUUUAUUAUUUAGUUGCUUUUGUUAUUUUUUAACAUAAAUAACUUUAAAACAUUAAAUUGGCAUCAGACUCUGUGUAUAGCUUUGGAGCUAAUAUUGGUAUCAACUAUUUUAUAUUUUGACAUCUGAAUUAAUAAGCCCUUUAAUAAAUAUAAGAAAUUAGACCAAUUUUAACUAACUUGUAGUUUACGUGUUGAGAAGUGGCAUAAGCUGGUCUUAUGUCAGCACUAUUUGGGAACAAGAUACCUUGUAUUUGUCUUAACCAGUCAGCAUGUUCUUAUUUACAGUAAGUUCUUAAAGGGAUAGUUUAAAUUAAAGUUUCAGACAUAUUUUACCCAAUCUCAUGUUAAUCUUGAGUACCAAUAAAGUAUUACUGCAUCCAUAUUUUGACCAAAAAUCAUUGUUUUUUUUAUAGUAAUAAACAAAAGAUAUGGAUUCCCUCUCGAAAACCAAUGGUGUGAAAGCGCAGUACAGCUUUUGCUUAACAAUCUACUACCUGUGAAAUUCAACCAAAAGCACAGUUAUUUGAAACCUACAUGCUCUUUGUUUACAAUUUGUGCAGCACUAAGUGCGUGAAAGGGCUGUUUUCAAAGUCUUUAUAAGAAAUAAUGUAGAACAAGCUACCUAGCUUUGGAAAAAACAGUAUCAUUGAAAUGAAUAGGUUUCAUAGUGCGCCGCUUUCCGUGUCCUGUGUGAAAGCCGCUUUAUGUUGACUGAGUGAAGUGUGUUGAUGGCCGUGAUCUCGCUCUCACUGUAGUAGACUCUACCAUUGGAAUUGACUAUAUAAGAAGUUCCAUCCUUAAUUACGUCAGCUAGAGCCAUGUUUAUAUAAACACUGGCAGUACAAUUUUUGACAAAGAAAACACUUAGUUGUGUGCUAAUAGUGUUUUAGCAUUUGGUUUAUGAUUUGCAUGAGAAUCCAUCUCUUUCACACUGUAAAUUACUGAAUAACACCGUAAAUAAUACCGAAAUUACAGUUUAUUUACUCACUCAAUACACAUGUCAUAGGUAUGUAGAUAAUUUUAAUCUUCAGUAUUUCGUCAAUAUCUGACUUUUUUUGCUGAUUUUUAGCUGUUGACUUGCAUUUUAUGAAUCAUCAAGGAUCUUUAAAGGGAUCCUCCCACAAUAAAGAUUAAAUCACAAUUUCUUCACCUUGAAAUAGCUCCAAGGCUUUAUGAGUUUCUUUUUUUCAGUUGAACGCAAAAGUAGAUAUUUUGAAAAAUGUUAAAAUGGGAGCUAUAUUUUUCCCCCCCUUAAAUUUAUGUAAUGGCGGCACACAUCUUUACCAGACUCAGGCAAGAUUCCGCCUUUGCUUUUACUUCGCCCUAGAGCCCCAACUGGCUCACUUUGGCCCAAGGUAUUCGGCGGCUAAAAACUGGCACUGGCUCGCUCAUUUUAAGCGUGAAAGUGGAAAUGCGAAUUUUUUACGACCAGUUUUACAGUAUUUAAAAAAACUAAAACUUGCGUGUUUAAAAAAAGAAAGAAAUACGAACGGUUGAAUAAAAAUAGGUACAUCUACAUUGCGCAACCUAAAUUAACAGUAUGUUUUCUUUGUUUUCCUCAGAACUAUCCCUUUAACAAUUUACUAUUUCUUUUUUGUACUAUUUUCUUCCUAAAACAAACAAAAAUAUGAAUUCUGUCAAAUUCCUUUUAAUUUCUGGUGUGUUGUACAGUUGUUUCUGAUGAUCAGUACAAUAUGGUGUAUACACUGUAUGAAAUACAAGACUGUAGGUUGAUUUUUGCCCUUGUAAAACCUAUGAACUGCAAAAUCUGCAGAACAUGGGACAUGGUAUGAUGUUUACGUUGUGAACAAUGAUGGUCCAAUUAAUACUUGGUUCAUUCAACUUAAAGAAUUUGUGUGUAGUUCCUACUCUUCAUCUUCGGGUUUGUGAGCUGGUAUCUGAAACUCAUGACCAAACAGCUGUGCAUUGCUAGUCUCUUUAAGUGUAUUUUGGUGACAUAAAUGUCUGUACUUGUAAUUAAUUAUAAAUAACGAGAAACACCUAUAUGUAGCAACUUGAAUAAAUAUAUAUUGUAUAUUUAUGAACUGAUCAGAUUUUGUAUACAUAUUUAUUUGCAUAGUACAUGCCUCUGGUUUGUUUACACCAGCAGAUCUCGUUAUGAAUGACACCAUGUUCUGGCUUUAUAUUCUAUCAUCGCUGCUUUUAGAAUCAUUAAUACAUUGCUGAUUUAUUUUAAAAUAUACCUUUUUCAUCGUUUUUUUUUUUUAUUUUUCAUAUCAACCAUGGUCUGAGAAAAAAAAAAUCAUAAUAAAGAUCAUGAAACAAAGUC